UUUUCAAUUUCCUAUUGCAAAUUUCUCAACUGCAUGCAUAUUAUUAUUUAAUAUAAUAUAUAGGAGUAGGUAACUUCAUCGGACACAAACAUGUUCUUAAGAAUAUUUCCAUAUAAAAUUCUUUUUUUCUUCUAAAACAAGAUAAAUUCAUAAUAAAAUUAAAUUUAUUAUAAAUUUAAUCGAUUUUUGGAGUGAGAGUUGAGUAAUGAACAAAAAAAAAUUACUCGAAUGGAAAAUGGAGUGAAAUUAAACAAUUUCUUACUCCAUAUUCUAUUUUAGAGUAAAUUAUUGAAUGACGUUGGAGAUGCUCUUAGCUCGAUUUAGUAGUCACGCAGAAUGGGUUCUACAUAUGAGCUGGUUCAAAGACAAGAAGCCCACAUUAGGCACAUGACACUUCAAAAGAUAGAUUACAAACUCAUUCUUGGCAAUACUCCUUAUAAAUUACAGGUCUUUCUCUUUCUCUUCCACAACACAACUUCUCACAGCUCACAAGUGAGACAAAUUACAACAGAGAGAGAUAGAUAUACAAGAACAUGAACCCCACGGCGAGUGACCAUAACAUGGCUUUCAUCUCUCAGUUGUACCCUGAUGUCUACACUCAUAUAGUACCACAGGGAGAAGUGAAGCCACCGAAGCGAAGGAGGAAGAAGAGCAAAAGGGCGGUGGCUGCCGGAGAUGGAAGUAACUGCUUGUUUAAGAAGAGAAAGCUUACUGAUGAGCAAAUGAACAUGUUGGAGAUGAGCUUUUGCGAUGAACAUAAGCUUGAGUCGGAGAGGAAAGAUAAACUUGCGGCGGAGCUAGGGCUUGACCCUCGUCAAGUUGCCGUUUGGUUUCAAAACCGUCGUGCACGGUGGAAGAACAAAAGGCUCGAGGACGAGUACAACCAACUCAAAAGCUCACAUGACAACGUCGUUGUCGACAAGUGCCGACUUGAGUCAGAGGUUCUUCAGCUCAAGGAACAACUCUUUGAUGCAGAGAGGGAGAUCCAAAGAUUGGCAGAAAGAGUAGAAGGAGGCUCUAGCAACAGUCCAGUUUCUUCUUCAGUCUCCGUCGAACACAAUGAAACGUCGUUUUUUGGAGACUAUAAAGUUGAAGAGGACGGUGACGACUACGAUAACAUGGUUUAUCCGGUGCCGGAAAACAGCUACAUCGACGGAGAGGAGUGGAUGAAUUACCAGCUUAAUGUAAUAUUUUAAUUGUAUUAAUUAGUGUCGUGAACCAGGAAGGAAUAUUAUUUACCAAAUCAAAAGACUAUAUAGUUGCUGAAUUUCUAAUAUACAAAUAAAUAUAACGCCGAUAUAUUUCACGCUAGUGUAAUUGGCAAUGUUGUAUGUAAGCAACAUUUGCUUAUGUAGUUAAUUUUGAGUCA